UGCAGAAGAAACGAAAGGAAAUAAAAUUCUAAAAUAAUCAAAGACAAUGGGAAGCCAAGAUGUGAAGUUAUUGAGCUUUUGGCCGAGUCCAUUUUCCAAAAGGGUUGAAUGGGCUUUGAAGCUGAAGGGUGUUGAGUAUGAGUAUGUAGAAGAAGAUAUCUUCAACAAGAGCAGUCUCCUCCUGGAGUUGAACCCGGUUCACAAGAAGAUUCCUGUUCUUGUUCAUGGCCACAAAACAAUCGCUGAGUCAUUCAUUAUCAUUGAAUACAUUGAUGAGACAUGGAAGCAAUAUCCACUGUUGCCUCAUGAUCCUUAUGAAAGAGCUCUUGCUCGCUUUUGGGCCAAUUUUACUGAACAAAAGCUUUUGGAGACAGUAUUUGUUGCAAUGUGUAUCACCGGGGAUGAACAGGAAAAGGCUCUGAAUGAAGCCAGAGAAGCAAUGGAGAAGAUAGAAGAAGUGAUUGAGGGGAAGAGAUUCUUUGGAGGGGAAAAUAUUGGGUACCUUGACAUUGCAGUUGGAUGGAUCUCUUACUGGAUUCAUAUUUGGGAGGAAGUUGGGUCUAUUCACAUAAUAGACCCAUUGAAAUUUCCAGCCACCACUGCAUGGAUGACCAACUUUCUCAGCCACCCUGUAAUCAAGGACACCUUGCCCCCAAGAGACAAGAUGAUUGAUUACUUCCAUGGUCGCAAAAAGGAUUUGUCUGAAACUUUUCGUGGCAGGUUUAAGGUUUAGAUGUUGGCUUAGGUGGACAGGAAUAGGGCCAAGUCUCAGGGAUAGUUAUCAUUUUCAAAGAGUGAUAUCUAUUGAUAAAUAAAUAAAUAAAUAAAUAAAGGUUUUUAUAAACCUUGAGAUAAGAUGGGUCGGAGGGAAAUAUUAAAUGGUCUAGUUUGUCUUUUGAGAGCAUAGCUCCAUUACAAACCAGUUAUGGUUGUAUCACUACGUUUGAGUGUAUUUUUAAUGACAUUAUGGCAAUGAGUUAUUAUUAA